AUGCAAUUUCCUACACUGCCCACUGUCCUGCAGACCACAUCUCUUCUGACCUCAACAUCCCUCCUCGCUCUCUCAGCUGUCACAAUCUACCUUACUACAGACUACACCACCUCACUAAACUCUAGAGUUCCAGCAGGCCCUCACACAUGGUUUGGACUUAUUAACUCACCUGAGCGCUCAGUGUACUGGGCCGCCGUCGACUCAGGAAGUAAAGAUUUCGACAGAAUAGAAUUGGAGUAUGCGACCAGUAACGACAUUUGGGUUUUGGCGAAUGGGUGUGUUGGCUUAGUUGCUGGACUGAUGGCAUGGCUGGCUGUGUGGUGGACGUCAAAGAAGGAGAAGAACCCAACAGCUAGCUGCUCACGCUCUCCAUGGGUGCUUGUCUCCUCGACCUUCUUUAGCACCGCCGUGAUCGUGAUGUCGUUCACAUCUACAAUCAUCACAUCACAAACAAAGUCCCGUCUGCAAGGCUCAACUUGCAUACCUCACUCUAUAUACACGCCCACCAACAACUACUUCGUCUGCACGCUGGUGGGUGGAGGACUCAGCGGGCUGGUCGUUGCCAAUCGCCUGACUGAGAACGCAAACAUAUCCGUCCUCAUCAUCGAGAAUGGCGUCAUUGACGACAGAUCCACGACGAGUUCCACCCACUUUGAUAGCCCCUCAGAAGCAGUUCGCCGUCACUUCAACAUGACGUUCGAUGCCAGUACGGCGACGGCCCAGUCAAAUUAUCGAUACCCAGCUACCAAUUGGACGGUCGACACUUUCGUUGGCUAUCUCGUCGAUUGCAAUGCCGAUGCAGCCGUCGUGAUCAAGAACGCUGGACCACUACUUUACAAGAUGUUCACACAUUAUGGGUCCUUUCCAUUCAAGGUUGGAGAAGAGAAGCGCAUGACAUGCGCUACCUUUCUUCGGAGUAUUUAUAUGAUGUGUUGCACAAAGGAUCGCGUUUUCUGGCGAGAUUUCGGGACCGUAGGCGGCGAGCCAGUUACAAGGAACAGGAAAUCAGCAGACGACGUGCAAAUACUAUUCCAAAGCAUCGCUACUGGCAGUCAGCAACCACUACAUGAUCCACGUCAGCGUUCAGAAGAUGAUGAUGAAGACCUCAUCGAUGUGCUCUUCAAACUCGGCGAAACAAUAAACGAACGGCGGAGUCCCAAGUUCGCUUUUAGGCGCCGAAACGUUCUACCAGCUGCUGCUCUCCUUCCCAGCUCGCAUUCCAGGGACCGACAGAGGUCUAUAACAAUGUAA